AUGAUCCACUCUUGCUGUCCCCCUUGCUGUCAGCUUACUUGCUGUAAGACCACCUGCUGUCGGCCCACCAGUUGUGGGUCCAGCUAUUGUGGGUCCAGUUGUUGCCAGCCUUGCUGCUGCCAAAGCUGCUAUGGGGCCACCUGUUGCAGACCCAGCUGCUGUGGCAGCCCUUGCCAUGGGUCCAGCUGCUGUGCACAAACCUGUGGCGAGUCCUGUGGCUGCCAGCCUUGCUGCCACCCAACCUGCUGUGGGACCACCUGUUGCUGGCCCAGCUGCUGCCACCACCCUUGCUGUGUGUCCAGCUGCUGCCAGCCUUGCCCACCAGAGACCUCUUUCUUCGACCACUUAGCCAAAACUUCUGUUCCUGUUGGGCGGCAGCAAGGCUGGCAGCAGCAGCUGGACCCACCACAGCUGGACCCACAGCAGGUGGGCUGGCAACAAGGGGAGCAGCACAUGGCGUCAGGGAUCAAAGGUGAGUUUCUGCUCAAAGGGGAGUUUGUGUUCAGAGUUUCCCCUCCUCCUUCUCCCCCACUCCCUUCAAAUUAUAACCCCACACUCAUCCCCAAAGCUCACCAAUGGUUCUGUUGA